ACAGCUGGGAAGUGUAACAUCACACAUCGAUUCGACGGCCCUGGCGAGCCCGAAAAAUUGUCUCUAAUUCCGCGUUUUCUUGGCGGCGCCCCGCGUUCCCCCGAGAAAGAAAACGCGGCCCGCUGUGUGCUGGAGAUCGAGCCGUGUGUGCCUGCCUGGAGAAAGUGACCGUUCCGCGGACCGAUGUGCCGAUACGAAACGUGACUGUUGGUUAUGCGGUGGUGGUUCCUGUCACGAACACCAGCCCUCGUUCAACCCCCGUUACACGACUCUCGCGACGACCUACGAGGGAAACUGCCGCGGAGGUCACUGCAUUGCGAUUGGCGGCGUUGCAGCGGUGUCAACGAGAUACCAACGACGGGGACGAGGACGAGGACGCCGAGGAUGGCGGCGUGAUCGUGUCGCGGGGGUGGUGGGGUUGAAAAUCGGCGCUUGCCCGGUAUCUCCUGUGCACCUUCUUCCUUCUCUCUCUCUCUCCUCCCGUCCGUCCUCCUUUCCCGUUCGAUCCUCCUUUUCCUUUUUUCCAGCAGUCGACUGCCCCCUAUUCUUCUCCGGCCGCGGCUCUGCCUCCGCUUCCGCGUUUCGGCCACGUGCGUGCGGUGCUGGCUCGCGAAGCACGCACACGCAACUCGCGGGACACCGGCGAGCAGAGGAGAAAGAACAGAGAGACGCAGCCAGGCGAGCGUAGUCCCGGAGACUGCGCGCAACCGUCGCUCGACGCUCGGAGUGGGGGGUCACCUGUCGUGGCGCUGCGCGUCGUUAGUGUGACGGCGACCGUCGUGGGUCUCGCAUCGUCCCGUCGUGCGCGCGAACCGAACCGCCUCGAGAGUGACUUUCCGGUGAGUCCACAGUGACAGAGGGUGAGAGGGAGAGAGAGGGAGACACGCGUGCACACACACACGCGCGCCUAGAGAAAAAACACGGGCAGGGGUGGAUAGGGCGCGCACGUGCGCGCAGGGUGGUCGGCCGCCUCUCGUCCUCGCGCUCCUUCUCUCCGACUCGGAUCCCGUUGCCGGAGGGUGGCCGGUGGUCGGUCGGGGUCCGUCUUGGUUUUCGAAAAUUCGCUGCGAGGCGCGCGCCAGCACGCCGCGUUCCGAGUUCUCGUGAAUGUGCGGGGUCGGUAAGAAGCCGGUCGUCGUCGUCCCGAGGGAAACAUGCGUGAACAGAGCUGGAGGACAACGACUGCGACAGCGUCAGCGACGAGGAACACGCUGCACGUGACUGCGGCACCCUCGCACCUUCUGCUGCAGUGAGUGGAGAAGCCGAGAGAAACGGAGGGAAGGAGAGUGAUUGAGAGGAACACGGUUCUUUCUCGCCCCGUUCUUCUCCGUUGCACCGCACGUGCGGGUUGUCGGGUCGCGGCGCCGGCAACGGAUGUGCUUCGCCCUUCGUUCUUCGCGGGGAGUAAAGAGUGCCGGUGGUUGGUGCGGUAUUUUCUCGUGAGUUACUCGCCGCGGUUCUCUCGUUCCCGUGCAACCCUCGCGGAGGAGACUACGAACCCUGGCACGUAUCCGGUCCAGUUCGAACCACCCGAGAGAAGAUGAGGCGUACCAUCUUGGAAACGAGGAUGCACCCCGUGUUGUCCUGCUGGUGCGUCGUCGCCACGGUCACCCUGGCCCUCGCGGCCUGGCAGGAGAACAUCAGGCCGAAGAUGUACGUCCAGCUCGGUGCGGAAGAUGUGUUCAGGUUUACGGGAAACGAGACGCACACAGACUACUUUCGGCUGGUGCUCCGGGACGGGAACUAUCUUCUGGUCGGCGGAAGAAAUCUCGUGCACAACCUGAGCCUGACCGAUCUGACCGAGCAGCAGAGGCUGACUUGGUACUCGACCGACAGUGACGUGAAGAUGUGCCUAGUGAAAGGCACGCCCGAGGAGAACUGCCAGAACUAUAUUCGCAUCCUGGUGAAGACCGACGCGAACACGCUGCUGGUGUGCGCGACGAACGCGUUCAAGCCGAUGUGCCGGGAUUACGGCGUCCACGCCGGCAACUACUCGAUCCUGAAGGAGAAGAUGGGCCAAGCGAUGUGCCCGUACGAUCCCCGGCACAACAGCACCUUCACCUACGUCGACGGCGAGCUGUACACCGGCACGGUGGCCGAUUUCGCUGGAAUGGACCCCAUCAUCUACAGAGAACCGUUGCAAACCGAGCAGUACGACUCGAAGAGCCUCAACGCGCCGAACUUCGUGAGCUCGAUGUCCCAGGGAGACUUCGUCUACUUCUUCUUCCGGGAGACCGCUGUAGAAUAUAUCAAUUGCGGCAAGACCGUCUAUUCUCGCGUGGCGAGAGUCUGUAAAUACGACCGAGGUGGUCCGCACCGUUAUCGCAAUAGGUGGACCUCGUUCCUAAAGUCCAGACUUAAUUGCUCCGUCACCGGAGACUUUCCUUUUUACUUCAAUGAAAUACAAUCAACGACGGAACUGAUAUCGGGCCAGUACGGCAAUAAGUCGGCGCAGCUGAUAUACGGCACGUUCACCACGCCGGUGAACAGCAUCAGCGGCUCGGCCGUCUGCGCCUUCUCCUUGCAGGACAUCACCGACACGUUCAAAGGGAACUUCAAGGAGCAGAGCGCCAUCAACUCGAACUGGCUGCCGGUGCAGAGCACCAAGGUGCCGGACCCCAGGCCGGGACAGUGCGUCAACGACUCCCGCUCGCUGCCCGACCUGACGCUGAACUUUAUCCACACGCACUCUCUCAUGGACGACCUGGUGCCCAGCUUCUUCGGGCAGCCCAUCGUCAUACGCACCAGCUUCCAUUACAGGUUCACGCAGAUAGCAGUGGAUCCGCAAGUGAAAACGCCCGGCGGCAAGACGUACGACGUGCUGUUCAUCGGCACCGACAACGGCAAGGUGAUCAAGGCGGUGAACGCGGAGUCCGCCGACACCCACCUGAAGGUCAGCCCCGUGGUGAUCGAGGAGAUCCAGGCGUUCCCGUCGACGGUGCCGGUCCGCGGGAUAAAAGUGGUCCGAGCCUCUCAGGCGGGCGACGGCCUCGAAGACGGCAGGCUGGUCGUGAUCGCCGACAGCCAGGUCCAGGCGCUCAGGCUCCACCGGUGUUACAGCGAUAGGAUCUUGUCGUGCGGCGAAUGCGUGGCAUUGCAGGACCCUUACUGCGCCUGGGACAAGAUCGAGGGCAAGUGCAGGGCGUUGGUGGGCCCGGCGGCCACGGACGCCAGCCGAUUCCUGCAGAGCGUCGCGACCGGGAUGCACGGCUCCUGUCCGCCCAGCAAGAGCCUGAACAAGGACGCCGGCAGCGUCGGCGCGAUCUCCGCGAACCAGAACAAAUUCCCGCAGGACUCGAUGAUCCCCAAUAAGGAGGGCCAGGGCGGGGAGAUCAUCAACAUCAUGCAAGACGAGGAGCAGGAUAAUUCAGGCCCCGAGGUGUCGGCGGCCGACUCGCCACCGCCGCAAUAUUCCGUGGAGACUCUGGUGAUGGCCGUGGUGGCCGGCGCGUUGGCUGCUCUGCUGGUCGGUUUCGUGGCUGGCUAUCUGUGCGGCAGGAAGUGCAGGAAAGACGAGGACGACAAUCUACCGUACCCGGACACGGAGUACGAGUACUUCGAGCAACGGCAGAACGUUAACAGCAGGUUAGCGCCGGAGCCGAAAUUGCUGCCGCAGGAGGAGGUGACGUACGCGGAGCCGGUGCUGGUCCCGCAGCCCCCGAAGCUGCACUCCCCGAAAGGCACGAUGCGAAAGCCACCGCCGACACCCACAGAAACGCUGUUCCAGUUCCCAGACGGGUACGGUUUCCGCGGGCCGAGGGACAACUUCGGCACCCUGCGGUCGCACCAAGGCGACGCGUACCGACGCACCGACGGGUUCGCGACCACCCGCAGCGUGAAGAAGGUUUAUCUCUGAGAAACGAGCGAGGAGGGAGGCGGCCGUCACCGGAGCCUAGGACGGCCGGCGCGCAAUCGCCGUAACGCGAUUGUCACGUCCGGGGGACAGUCGAACCGCGAGCUCGCGGGCCCGAGGACGCUAGAGUCGCCCUCGCCGCCGUCGAGCGUGUCGUCGAGUUCCCCGUCUCCUCCCUCCUCGUCACCCUCGCCAACCCUCGUGCCGAUCGCCAUGACAGGCGGCUCGCCGCCGCCCCCGACGCCACCCUGCAGCUUCAUCUACCGGUCAUAGUCGUCGUCGUCGCCGUCGGCGUCGUCCUCGUCACCGCCGCCGUCGUACACCGCUUCUUGUUACGCGACGCCAGCACCAGCAGCAACGGCA